UUGUGUGAGCAAACGUCCCAGUCAAAUAGGAUACAGGAUCGGCACUCGAGAAUCACCCUGACAAUUAUUAUUGCCCUGCAGUGCCGCCCGGGCCGGCGGCCGGCAGCUCGAUCUUGCCGGAGCCCGGAGCACGCACGGUUCGAUGGCUGCUGCUCGCCUCCUCCUCCUCCUCCUGAUUGCCGUCGUCGUCGUCGUGUUCGCCGGCCCGACGACCACGACGACGCUCGCCUCACCCUCGCCGGCGCUCGGCGAGGAACUACUGGCCGCGGCCGGCGCGCCGGGGUUCGCCGGGUGGCUGUCCGGCCUGCGGCGGCGCAUCCACCUGCGGCCCGAGCUGGCGUUCCAGGAGGUGCGGACGAGCGAGCUCGUGCGCACCGAGCUCGACGCGAUCGGCGUCCCCUACGAGUGGCCGGUCGCCCGGACCGGCGUCGUCGCCACCAUCGAAGGCGGUGGCGGCGCCGGACCCGUCGUCGCGCUCCGGGCCGACAUGGACGCUCUUCCCCUGCAGGAGCUGGUAGAUUGGGAAUACAAGAGCCAAGAGGAUGGGAAGAUGCAUGCCUGUGGACAUGAUGCUCAUGUGACAAUGCUUUUAGGAGCUGCUAAGCUACUUCAGUCUCGGAAGGAUGAGUUGAAGGGCACCAUCAAGCUGGUGUUCCAGCCAGCUGAAGAGGGCCACGCCGGGGCCUACCACGUCCUGCGAUCGGGCCUCCUCGACGACGUCUCCGCCAUCUUCGGCCUCCACGCCAUCCCGAGCCUCCCCGUCGGCGUCGUCGCCUCCCGGCCGGGGCCGCUCCUGUCCGCGGCGGCACGGUUCGCCGCCACCGUCACCGGCAAAGGCGGCCACGCCGGCGUCCCCAACGACGCCGUCGACCCCGUCGUCGCCAUCUCCUCCGCCGUCCUCAGCCUCCAGCAGCUCGUCUCCCGCGAGACUGACCCCCUUGAGGCUGCCGUGGUGUCUGUCACGUUGCUGAAAGGAGGUGGAGCUUACAAUGUCAUUCCUGAAUCAGCAUCCUUUGGAGGCACCUUCAGGAGCAUGACAGAUGAAGGCCUCUCAUAUCUUAUGAAGAGGGUCAAAGAGAUCAUCGAAGGGCAGGCCGGCGUGCACCGGUGCGCCGCCACCGUCGACUUCCUGGAGGAGGAGCUCCGGCCGUACCCGGCCACCGUCAACGACGACGGGAUGUACGCCCACGCCAGGGAGGUGGCCGAGGCCAUGCUCGGCGAGGCCAACGUCCGGCUCGCCAACCGCACCAUGGGCGGCGAGGACUUCGCCUUCUACGCGCGGCGGGCGCCCGGCGCCUUCUUCUUCCUCGGCGUCGGCAACGACACCACCAUGGCGCCGGUGCACUCGCCGUACUUCGCCCUCGACGAGCGCGCGCUGCCGGUCGGAGCGGCGUUCCACGCCGCCGUCGCCAUCGAGUACCUCAACAAGCAGGACUGCUCGUGAUCGUCAUUAUCGUCCGCUUGAAGAGCUCCGGCCGCCGGCAAGAACGUUUCCUUGGAAUGGAAUAUGAAGCAAAAUCUAUGGUGAAAAUAAUUUGAAAAAAAGAUAGUAUUUCGAAUUUUUGUCCUAGUUUGCCGGCAUUUUAAUAUGUGUGUGUGAUUGCAGACUUGCAGUAAGUGACAGUUUGAAAUUGUACUGAAUAAAAUUCCGUCUGCAUAAUUAGCAA